CGACCGCCCGCGCUAGUAUAUAGUCUUAGCCUCCACGUCUGCCACGCGCACCCGCGUCGCGCUCCCACCGCAGCCCUCUCAGCCCUGCCCCCGCUGCUCGUCGCCGACGUCCACUACGCGUUCGUGACCCUGCCGCUGUCCCCCCCCGUCACUCGCCACAGGACCCCGUUCACACGCACGCUCACGACACGAUGGAUGCCGUUGAAGACAUUGAGUAUGAGGGACUCUCGCCGAAUGCAGGCCUCGCAGUUAACAUGGCAGCAGGUGCUCUUGCUGGAAUCACAGAGCACGCAGUCAUGUUCCCGGUAGACAGCAUUAAAACCCGAAUGCAAGUGUUCGCGACGUCGCCAGCGGCGGUAUACACCGGCGUCGGAAACGCAUUCACGCGGAUAUCGUCGACGGAGGGCAUGCGCGCCCUAUGGAGGGGUGUCUCGUCGGUCAUCAUGGGCGCUGGCCCUGCACACGCGGUACACUUCGGUGCAUACGAGCUGGUGAAGGAGUACGCUGGCGGAAAUGUGGAGGGUGCGAGCAACCAGUGGAUAGCGACGUCGCUCGCAGGAGCGUCAGCCACGAUCGCGAGCGACGCGCUCAUGAACCCCUUCGACGUGAUCAAGCAGCGCAUGCAAAUACACAAGUCCGAAUUCCGGUCCGCGAUCACCUGCGCGCGCACCGUCUACCGCACCGAGGGGCUCGGCGCGUUCUACAUCUCAUACCCCACGACGCUCACGAUGACGGUCCCGUUCACCGCGGUGCAGUUCACCGUGUACGAGCAGCUGAAGUCGUUCCUCAACCCCAGCGGCGCGUACUCGCCCGCGACACACAUCGUCGCAGGCGGCCUGUCGGGCGCAGUCGCGGGCGCGGUCACGACACCACUCGACGUCGCGAAGACGAUCCUGCAGACGCGCGGGACGUCGCACGACGCGGAGAUCAGGAACGUCCGGGGGCUCGCGGACGCGUUCCGGAUCAUCUGGCAGCGCGACGGGCUGAAGGGCUUCGCGCGCGGGCUGUCACCCCGCGUGCUGACGUUCAUGCCGAGCAACGCGCUCUGCUGGCUCUCGUACGAAUUCUUCAAGGCCGCAAUACGGGACGCGUAAUGACAGCCGACGCCGACGACCGCGGCAUCCCACGGUGCUCCAGGGCGACGUCAGUGCCCUCUGUGGCGGGCCCGCGGCCGGCUUCAGCUUCAACGUCAGCCACGAUCCGUUCUGCGCGUGCGACAGGGUCAAAAGGACGCGCGGCGCGGCGCUUGUGGCGCGUGCGGGAGCGCGGGGACUAUGAGGGCUGCGCGGACACCAGAUCUCGGGCGGUGUCCACUACUAUUAUACUAUUCCUAUGUUCUGGUUGUAAUCGGUUGGGCCGGCGAGUUGGCGGGCAUGCCGUAAUGAGACGACACGAUUCUCAGCUGCGAC